GUUGACAAUGUACAUCUUAUUAUUUUACAGCUCAUAUCAGAGACCCUUCUGGUGUCAUCCACUCUGUGAAAAACUGGCGCAUACGACUGGUUGAAAUGUCUGCCACGCACCCUCCUCAGCAUGUUGUGAACAAACUAUUGAGUGAAGUCGUGUCGAGAACGCAGCCUCUUAACACUGACCCUAGCACCCUGACCCCAGAAGCUCAGGCAAGAGCUUCAGCACCUUGGUUUGAGGCCUUUCGAGAUUGCUUCUUUCAGCUGGUGAAACCAUCUGAUCAUGAAUUCAUUAGGCACUUUUUAGCUUGUCUGAUUGUUGUAUCUUCACACCAUCCUGACCCUAUGAAUGCUUUUGCUACCAUGAGUUCACAGCAGAUGGAACAGCAGUCUGAACAGCAUGGCCACUUUAGGUGGUUUACCAAUACUGUGUUUAAAUAUCAUCUACUUUUACAUGACGUCAGUGUUGGCGAGGAAUCAAAGGCAGAGGCUAUUUACCAGAGUAUGAAGUCUGUGUAUGGUACACAUGCUUGUCACAUGUUACAGAUCAACUCUGUUAAUAACACAGGUUCCAAUCCACUCCCUAACCUUCCUGAUCCUUGGAGUCAGUUUAUCAUACCAACUAGUGAGGACACACUGGACUGGGAUGAUGACGAAGUCGAUGCAGAUGCCCAGUCUGUGGAAGAUGACCCUGAAAACUGUGCUGUUGAUGAAAACUUUGACCCAGAGGCUGCAGUUAAUGAAGAGACAGAUGGAGGUCGAGUUCGUAGUAGCUCAGGUCCAAUUCUGAUUGGUCCACUGACGUUUGAUGAUGGCCCAGUACCUGAAGAUGAUGACCUGAUGAAUGAGAAACCAGAGAAAAAUUUCGCUACAAAACAGAAUGAAAAACACCACCAUCAUCUCGCAAGUCAUUACCGCUACUUCUCCAGUCGGCAGUUCUCUGGAGGCACAAGGGGCAUGACAACGCAAAGAAAUCAUGGAUUGUGCUUGAGUCUGAGUGAUCAUGACAGGAUCAAGAUAUUUGUUCAUGAGUUGGGUUAUAGAGGACUGUUACAGUAUAUUGAGAAGCUGAUGAGAUAUCUUAAUGAUCAGAUUGUUUCCCGCAAGGGUCUCCAUCGUUCUAUCUUCAGUGCAACUAAGAAGUGGUUUGGUGGAGGAAAGCCAGCUGGACUAGCCUCUGGUCUGGUGCCAGGAAUAAUCUAUACCAAUGACUCACCAGAGCUGUUUCAGCGCAAGCUGGGGGAUCUGGCGUUUUUGGUGCAAAACUAUGAGUUUGCCUAUAACAGUUACCAUACAGCCAAGAGAGACUUUAACCAUGAGCAUGCUUGGUUUUACUUUGCUGGAGCACUGGAAAUGGCUGCCAUAUCAGCAUUCAUGGCUUCAAAUCAACGUCCUUAUCCCACCCACUACAUGGAAACAUCCAUCACCACGUACCUCAAUGCAUGCAGACAGCACCAGUUUGCGAUUAGAGCCACACUCCUGAGUACUGAAACACUCAAGUCACGAAAUAUUUAUCUUGAUGCUGCUAUGCAGUUCAUGCGAAUGACUGCUGAGGAUUCUGAUCUUCUUUGUGCUCUGUUCCUGGAACAAGCAGGACAUUGUUUUCUUCACAGUGACCCACCCAUGAUCCGCAAGUAUGCUUUUAACAUGAUUUUGGCAGGUCAUCGCUAUAGUAAAUCAGCACAGAGAAAGCACUCUUUGAGAUGUUAUCGCCAAGCCCUUCACGUGUACAAUGGAAAAUCAUGGCAUCUUGCUCAGGACCACAUUAACUUCACUCUUGGCCGUCAGUCAUUUAACCUUCGCUUAUUAGAGGAUGCCCAAACAUUCUUUAGACAACUGUUAGAAUAUGAAAGUCUCCAAGCACCAGAACAACAAGCUUCUUACCUCAGGGAAUUUCUGUUUGUUUUCAAGCAACUGAAAGACAUCAGACAAAAGGAAAAAGUGCAGAUGAGCAGACUUCCUGUGUUACCUUUACCCAUGGUUGAUCAGGAUUUGACAAGGGUAAUACCCUGCUAUCAACAUAGCAAUCUUAAAGGCAAACACCCUGAGAGAAAAGUGGUGAACAGUGCACUUGAAACCAAGGACAACUUUUUUAAUCAAACAUUUGGCGUGAAUGAUGAAAUUGCAAAAAAUAACAGCUGGGCUUCAGUUGGACAUGCUUCUUUUGAGGAUAAAUUUGACCCAAAGCUGGCUCAGCGAUGGAUUCAACUCGAAGAGGAAGCUUACGAGAGUGUUAAUAGAACUCCUUUGCCGCCUAUAUUUCGACCUCACGUACCGUGUUUAAGCUCAAAGACGGAUAACAGCACAAGACCCCUGUGUGUUGUUAGAGAAACUGUUGGAGUUGAAGUUGUCCUGCAAAAUCCUUUGAAGAUUCCACUGAAUUUGACAAACCUGUUGUUACUGUGGGAAUUCACUCCUGAAGACAACAGUGACAGCAUCUCUAAUGAGUUUUCCCCAAGGGAAGAUGUUGUCAAAACAGAAGUGAUCAAGAGUUUUGAUAUUUGUGGAAACGAAACCAAAGCUGCCCAUCUGACUGUAAUCCCUUGCCAGACAGGCCAGCUUCACAUCACAGCCAUCAAAUACAGCUUGACGAGCGUGGCCAUUAAUGGCCCAGUUGACGAGAAGUUCUCCGUCCCUGCUGCGGCAGCCUCUGCCAUGACUACUGUCAGUAUGCUGGGAAGGUUGGACCUGGUGCUGAAGGGUCCAAGACUGAACAACACCAAGGCAGAGAAGACAAGCGUGGUGCAUGGCCUGGACAAUCGUCUUAACCUGGAUGUUGUGGCGCCUAUGCCUUUACUUGAGGUUCGAUUUUGUGGAUUUCCAACCAAACUUCUCUGUAAUGAGGUGGUGCAAACCACGGCUGAGUUCACGAACUGCAGUGAAUGUCACCUUGAAAAUCUCAACAUCGCUACACCCAACCCUGAAUUCUUCACCUUUGGAGGCGCGCGGGCGACACCGAGGGAUAAUCCAACUACUCAGAGCAGUGUAAAAUGUAAUUCUAAUGUGAGUAACAUCAGGAGAGUGUCUGAAGUUCCCAUUUCAGGAGGUAGUCUUGCUCCUGGCUAUACAACCAAGCUUCCAGUUUGGAUCCACGGUCACCAGAAACCAGGAAAAUUCAAACGCGAGGUGCUGUUUUAUUACCAGUCAGCAGAAACUAAAUCCCUGAUGAGUUAUCGAGUUCUCCAACAUGCUUUUGACAUCACUACAAAUAGCUCUGUCUCCGUGCGUGCUACUGCAAGAAGGAACAGGCACGCUGGUCUUGAAAACAGUUCUGAGGAUCAAAAUCAGCUGAUUAUUGCACUGGAUGUGGAGAGUCUUGUACAGGGUGAUGUUGCAAGAAAACAUAUCGAAUUUUCGGUUGUUCAAGUGUCUUGUGCAAGUCGAAAAUGGACUUUGCAGCCACUAAGCCAUCAUAAGACAGAUGGUACAAUUAAAGUAAGAUAUGGAGAGACAGUGAUCGUCCAAUUUAAAGCAACGAAGUACCAAGGUGAAAGUCAUUCUUCGGAUGACGAACUCCGUUUCAGUCACGUGUCUUUUGUCGAGAAUGAAAUCGCUGCCUCGUGCUCUCCAGCAGUUGACUUCUACUUCAGAUCACAGGCUUGGGAGGAGCAAAGGAAACUCAACGAGAACCUUGAAUCCGCGAGUGUCGAUGACACAUCGCAAGUGGACAUUGGCUUAAUUGUGUUCUGGCAGACUUCGUAUAUAGACAAGGACUUUCAGAAGCAAAUUGUCAACGGUCAGAGCCACGUGAACAUCAACCGACUAGCAGAAACAGUGUCAGCGGUCACACAACCUCUGGUACCACAGGUGGAUUCAUCCUCAAACGAAAUAGCUUUACCAAGUCCUUUGGAUGGUGUGAGUAACAGAGAGCUGUUAGUCAAGUAUUCUUUGCGGCAUCCUGCAUCGCUGCAAGUCGAUUUCACCUCCAGCAGGUUGGCUUGUCUCGUUGUGGAACUUUUGUUGCAUAACUGUUGUUCAACACCGGUUGACGUGUUUGUGGAGUUACUUCCCAGCGUUGGAAACUCUACAGUAGUGUCAGGAGAAUCCAACAGUUCCCAAAACAGUGCACUUUCCUUUCACAAAGAAACCAACCUGGACCCCAGGUCAUCGCCUAGCUCAUUCACUUGGGUAGGACAAACAUCGAGGAGAUUUCAGCUUGACUCAAAUGGAACUUCUUCAUUGAAAUUCGACGCUUUUGUCUCCCUCCCUGGAGUUUAUAACAUGAACAAUCUGCGCGUUCUGGCGAGAAUUUCCGACGAUCACGAGCCAGGCGGCGCCAUGAAUUUUCAGAAGCCUUGUCCUCCAAGUUACGUUGUGGUUGAGAACACUUGUACAAAUCGUAACGAUCUCGCUUGAUUGCGGGGCCAGUGUUAAAUAGACGUUUUAUGACAAGCUUUCAGUAAAUUUCAAGGGGCAAAUAUUGCCGGGGCAAAAUUUUUCAGAACGAUAAUAUAAGUGACUGUGACACUGUAAAUAAUUAAUACAUGUAGUAAGAGUAACUUUUCAAGAGCUAGGAGAUAUUGCAAACCAAUCAAAGAAACUGAAAAGACGAUAGAAAAGUAAAAUAUUGCUUCAAUCCACGUUCUGAAUGCAGAACUGAAAUUACAGGUGUUUUCCGAUAGUUUUAAUGAUAUAUCCAAUACGAACAAAGAAUAUAUUUUUAAUGAACUGUGCAAGUUGGCAGUAUUUCAUCAAAUUCGAAGUUCAUCGAGAUGGUGAUAUCCACAGACUGGUGAUAGAAAUCUGGAUUCUCACUAUUUUAAUUGGACACUUCUUCGACUGAUGGAAGUGUUUGGGCAAUCGGUCGGAAACCUGAUUAGGACUGUAAAAAAAAAAAAAAAAAAACUGGCUGAUCCCGUGUUAUCGUCAGAGGUGUUCCUGGGCUGCAUAUGAUGUGGGCUUAUGACGUAAAACUAUAUGUUCGAGUUCUUCAUGUGUAUCGUGACUAGCAAAUCCUGCUUAGCCUCUUGUUCUUGAAAAUAACAGCUUUUCUCUCAUAGUGGUGGAAAGUGCGAGUGAACCCACCACUGUUUGCCUGUUGAUUUAAGCACCUCGUGAGUGUACUGUUUUUAAGAAACCAUGUCAUCCACUCGAUGGUCUGAAGUAAAUUGCUUGUCUUAGUUUACU